AUGACUUCACAUCUCGAAACUCAUCAUUCUCCCGGGCCUCGCCUGAUCAAAAACGAGUGGAAACGUAUAGCAUCGUGGCUGGCUUCGCGCAUUCCCUUCCUGCACAUCAAACGUUGUGACGGCUACGUGGCCAUAAUUUCCCGUAACCGUGCGGCAGUUGUAGCCAAGACGUCUGGAGGCAAUAGUGCCUACCACAACUUUCACAAUGAUUUCUUGCACGUCUCCGAUCUCAACGAGCGUCGUCGUCUUGCUCUAGCCGAGGUCGACAGAGCCCCUUUCGGCUGGUACCACGUCCGUUCCUUUGUUGUCGCCGGUGUCGGUUUCUUCACCGACUCCUACGACAUCUUCACGGCCUCUCUCUUGACCACCAUGUUGGGAAUCGUCUACUUUCCAGGUGUCGGAGCUAUGCCUACCAGCUCUGACAACGCCAUCAAGCUGGCUACCUCUGCUGGUACUGUCGCCGGGCAGCUUGGCUUCGGAAUGUUGGCCGACAUAGUCGGUCGAAAGAAGAUGUACGGUCUGGAACUCAUCGUCAUUAUAUUUGCUACAAUUGGUCAGGCUCUGACCUCUGGCUCUCCUGCAUGUGAUAUCAUUGGUCUCGUCAUUUUCUGGCGUGUCAUCAUGGGCAUUGGCAUUGGUGGUGAUUAUCCUCUUUCUUCCAUCAUCACCUCCGAGUUCGCUACCACCAAGUGGAGGGGUGCCAUGAUGGCUGCUGUGUUUGCGAUGCAGGGUCUCGGCCAGCUUUGCGCUGCCUUUGUUAUGCUCUUUGUUACCCUUGGCUUCAAGGGCUCCCUGUCGAGCGCCAGAGACAAGGCGCACUGCACUGGCGACUGUCGGGUUGCCGUUGACAAGAUGUGGCGUACCCUGAUCGGCUUCGGUGCCGUCCCUGCCUGUGUUGCCCUUUACUGUGAGUCCGUGUGGAAAACAAGCCUCCGCUACCCGUGGUACCAAGCUCACCACUCGCCUUCGACAGUCCGUCUCACCAUUCCUGAAACCCCUCGUUAUACCUUCGAUGUCGCCCGCGAUGUUGAAAAGGCCGACGACGACGUCAAGGCUUACAUGACCGGAAAGCAUGAGGGCGCGCCUGAUGAGGUCGCUCGCGCCCACAUGGCCCAGCAGGCCAAAGACAGCCUCGAGGUCCCCAAGGCCAGCUGGAGUGACUUCGGACGCCACUACGCCAAGCCCAAGAACUUGCUUCUCCUGCUCGGAACGGCUGGCUCUUGGUUCUGUCUCGAUGUCGCCUUCUGCGGUCUCUCAUUGAACAAUGCCCAGAUUCUCCAGACCAUUGGUUUCGCCACCAGCGGCAAGUCCGUCGCCAACGUCUACCAGUUUCUGUACAACACCGCCAUUGGUAAUCUGAUUAUUGUUUUGGCCGGUGCUGUUCCCGGAUACUGGGUUUCUGUUGCCACCAUCGACACUCUUGGCCGCAAGACUAUCCAGCUCGGAGGCUUCAUCAUCCUCACCAUUCUGUUCAUUGUCAUGGGUUUUGCUUACAACAGCAUCUCCUCAAGCGGCUUACUGGCUAUUUACGUUCUCGCUCAGUUCUUCUUCAACUUUGGCCCCAACGCCACGACCUUCAUCGUUCCCGGUGAGGUUUUCCCCACCCGAUACCGUUCCACCUCCCACGGCAUCUCUGCCGCCUCUGGAAAGGUUGGUUCCAUUAUCGGACAGGGCGCCAUUUCUACCUUGAAGACGCACAAUGGCCAAAACUGGAUGGACCACGUCUUGGAGAUUUACGCCCUCUUCAUGUUGCUCGGCUGCUUUACCACCCUCCUCAUUCCCGAGACUGCUCGCAAGACUCUCGAAGAGCUCUGCGGUGAGGACGACUACGCCGCCACCCACGCCAGUCGUGCCCCCAACGAUACUCACGGCCCCAACGGUGACAAGCCCAUCUAG